AUGGAGCUGCAGCCAACCAUUGGGGCGUGGUCGAUGCUCUGUAGUAACAAGUACAUCACCGUUAAGAAGGGCAGCAUCGCGAGGUGGAGCGCACUGGAAACGUUCCUCGAGGGCUAUGUAUGGCAGCUCGAGAAGAAGAGCCGCGAGGGGGAUCAGGCGGGUUUCUACAGGCACCUGAAGAUGAUCGACGUCGAAGGUAAGAGUUCGCUCAACUCUCAGAACAUCAAGGACAAGGACGGCAAGGUCCUUCGGGACCCCACGUUUAUUCGCCAACGGUGGGCACGGUGGUUCCACAAGCUUCUCANCCAACGGUGGGCAGGGUGGUUCCACAAGCUUCUCAGCACCAAGUCGCCGACCAUCGACCUGCAUGCGGGUGACAAGGUCAAGCGGUGGCCCACGUGCGUACCACUCGACGACAUCCCAUCUCUACUUGAGGUUGAGGAAGCGGUACGGGAAAUGGCCAACAGAAAGGCCGUCGGGCCGGACGACCUACCGGCUGAGCUGAUCAAGCGUUUCCUAAACGGAGAUCAAGGUCUCCUCCCCGAGUUCAACGCCACUGUGGUGUACGUGUGGCAGACGGGGGACGUACCACAGCAGUGGAAGGAUGCCACCAUCAAAGUGCUGUUCAAGAAGGGGGACACGAUGGAGUGCGGCAACUA